AUGGCAUUGUUCGUUCCAGUCGGGUGGUGCGGCUCUCGCCCGAGACUGAGGAAUUGGAGGCCCUGGACCCCGAAGUUUGCGAUGAGCCCCUCCCUGCUGAUGCUGUUCGUCAGGGGCCUCUCCCGUGUUCUGAACGCACUCCGGAGCUGGCCCGCUGUAGGCAGCUGCUUCUGGAGACUGGAUAUGCGCCGCGACGUGCCGCCCGCCCUCUUCUCGAUGCGCCCGGCCGCCGAGACCCUCCCCGUUUCAGUGUUCGCAGGUGGCUGCAUGAGUGGGUUUAUCUUUGACGAUCUCGUGCGGAUCGCGGCUUCUCUAGAGAAGUGGUUUAGGAAGUGGUUGAUGGUCGCGGCCUUCCGCAAGGUGGUUCAGGAAGUGGCUUCGGUGGUCUUCCAGCGUUUGCGGGUGGCGCGGCCUGGUUGA